AUGGUUGCUAGAAACGGCGGAAAUUACAGACUGGUGAACUCCCCAAUGUCUUUGAACCUCUUUUUAAAAAUGAGCGCUUUACACAACUUAUCUAGAGCAAACAACUGUGUUCUUCUAGAGAAGCUAUUGGACGGCUUUCAUAAAAAAAACAGCAAAAUGGCCGAAAAAACAGCCAAAACUACCAAGAGUAGGCCUAGAGGGCCGAAGGUGGACUCUGAAGAGGAUGAAGAGGGGGAGCUGCAGUUCGGCUCGAACCACGUCAAUUCCGGUCUACACAACUUAAACAGACGCGAAAACAUGAAUAAUAUCUUUCUGAAGCCCAGGAAAACUGUAGAAGACUUGAGUUUGCUGGAGACUGCUGAAGAACAGAAGGAUUCUAUCGAGGACGUCGCUGAUGCAAAAUUGGAGAAGGCCGGCUUCAAAUUGGACUCUUCAUUCAUAGAUAAGAGAGAUUCGUUUGACAGGACUCCUCUUCACCUCGCCUGCUACGAAGGGCACGCAGAAGCCGCCAAACUGCUCAUUAAGUACGGCGCAAAUGUACAAUCUCACGCAAAAAACGGAAUGACGUGUUUACACUUCGCGUCACAGAAAGGUCACCUUGAAGUUAUUAAAUUGUUGCAUUUUGCAAUAUCGAAUGGACACGUGGAGUGUGCUAUAUUUCUCAUAAAUAAAGGAGCCAGACAAAAAUACAAUAAAAAGGGGGAGCUUCCUUUAGAUAUGGCAUCAGAUGAUGUCAAAAGUAAACUGGAAGAAGGAUUAAAGGACAGAUUCACUCGGUUCGAAAACGACGUACCCAAAAAGAGAAAGGUGCACAAACAGACAGUCAAAUUCUACAAAAGGCGCAAAGGCCAAUAA